AUGAAUACUCAAAUUAAGUCUAUUGAAAUUCAUCGAAAAGCCUAUGAAUUUGUGGAUGCCACAUGCUGUGCGGGGAUGAACUUAAAGGGGAUGGCAAUAAAGGAUUUGAAAAGGGGUACAAUGAUUGGUCCAAUUACCAAUCCUCCUCGUAAAGUUAAGAGUUUUGGGGCAAAAUUGGUUGUGUUGGACCAUCCAACCAAAAUAUGUAAAGGGUAUACCCCUGUUCUGGAUACGAACACCACACAUAUGCCUUGCAUUCUUAAGGAGAUAGUUAAAGUCAAGAAAUCCAAAAGGCAUCAGCAUUUGAUGGCAGAAUUGGGUGAAGAUUGUGAGUUUCUUGCUUCCGGUGAUCAGGCAGAAGUUACUUUUAUUCCAAAAAUGCCUCUUGUGAUUGAAGCACUUCCCGACUUUCCUCGUUAUACUAGGAUUUCACUUCGUGACUCUGGUUCUGUUGUUGCAAUUGGUUCUUGCCACGGUCGUGAGUAUGAUACGACCAUGGAUAAGGCUCAGAAGGCAGCCAUUGAGAAGAAAAAGAAACUUGAAAAGAUGGCUUAG